CCACAAUUUUGAGUCUGGAAAAAGGAGAACUGGGAGAGUAUUCAUGAAAACUGUAAAUACCAGUGUUGAUGACAAGGCCAAGGCAAGUGUUCAGGUACUCAGGUGUAUAACACAGAAGUAGGAAACAUAUCCUACAAAAUAUUUUGAAUAUUGAUUUCUAAGCUAAGCUUUUGGGGAAUAUAUGUAUCCAAAGAAAUUGACUCAAACCACUUUGUGUCUCCAUCUGUCAGAUCAGGUUAACAAUACUGAACCACCUCAAAGGGAAGACACAGGUUUUAAAGUGUGUUUUUUAAGUAUCAACCCCGUGAAAGCCAGUGAGUACAAAGACGUAUUCUCUGUAGUAAUGUAAUGCUUUUAUAUCUAGAUAUGUAAUCUGUUAACAACUUCUAUGUUUUCAUUUAGGUAUUCAAUUUACAAGGAUCCAGCAGGAUGGCUGGAAAUCAGUCCUACCAAUGGUACCAUUAUUACCACUGCUGCUCUGGAUCGGGAAUCUGUCUAUGUUCAAAAUGACACAUACACAGCUCUCUUUCUGGCAAUUGACAAUGGUCACCCUCCCGCUACAGGUACAGGAACUUUAUACAUUACCUUGGGGGAUGUCAAUGACAAUGUCCCAUCCCUUUACCCAACACUGGCAAAAGUUUGUGAUGAUGGGAAAGAUCUCAGGAUAGUGGUACUCGGAGCAACAGACAAAGACCUUCCUCCCAACACAGAUCCAUUCACGUUUGAACUGAGUAAGCAAACUGGCCCAGAAAAAAUGUGGAGGCUCGCCACACUUAACGAUACUCAUGCCCAGAUCAUCCUUCUUCAAAAUCUGCAAAAGGCCAAUUACAACAUCCCAAUCUCGGUGACAGAUUCUGGGAAUCCUCCUCUGACUAACAACACAGAAUUGAAACUGCAAGUGUGUGCCUGCAGGAAAUCCAAAAUGGAUUGCAGUGCAACUGAUGCCCUUCAUGUCAGCAUGACCCUUAUCUUCCUUUCACUCUUUAGCUUGCUUUGCGACUGUCAACCACUGAUAAGAAACUACCCUUAGUGAAGCUGGCCAGUGGACUGCAAACUUGUAAGUUGACUUUGAGCUUAAAUAAGUAAAGAAUUCCAUUAUUAUGAGCAAAAUGUAACGUAAAAGACUGGGGGAAAUACUGCUGUAAAGAAAUUAAAUAAGCUGGAGGUCUCUACACUGAAAUUAAUUUGUUAAACUGAUGGUGAAAAGCCUCAGGUGUGCUGAAAAGCAGAGACUCACACAGAUGUCUGUACUGUGACUGCAGAGAAGAAGCUUUAGAGAUACCCUUUAAUUUAACUUCCUGUUAAUUUCCACUAACUUUCCCUGAUUGAAUGCCUGCUGUCCCCCACCAGAAUGUUUCUCUGAUUUGAGGAAUGCAGCUGCAGGGUCAAUGACAAAAAGGUGGUGGGUUUUUUUCCUUGAAAAUGAAGGAUUUGUUAAUAAACCAAUACAAGAAUUAAAAUCCUAUUAAACUGUUGGAUUUGAAUGUACCUGAACAUAGACAGAGUUAAAACUGCAGUGUUACCUUUCACCUAGUUCAGUUUUCAAAGCCACAGAAGCACCUGUAUCUCCUAUAUAACCUGUGUUAUUCGUGCAGGGACAUUGAAUGUCUGAAGACUGAAGCAAUGCAUUCUUGAAUGGCAUGAGACUAAGGCAAAUCAUAGCAGGUUUCAGAUGAAAAAGACCUUUAAGGUCAUUGCUGUUUCCAUUACAAUGACAGGUUUGUUACCUGCACAUUCAGUUUUCAGCCUUUAUGGUGAGUUACUUACAUUAAUUUUAGACAAUUGAGUAGGUGGUGGGUUUUUUCAGGGCUCAACUACUGUUUAGUUUUUGUAGAAGGAAUUUUGGUUUUCCCAAGAAAAAGAGUUCCUUUUAGCUCCAAAGAGGAAGCUGCAAUUUUUCUGCUUUUCAGAGCAGUUUAAUUUUCAAGACUAGGAAAGUUUGCAAGACAAAUUUUAUCAUUUCUGAGAAGUAAAAUAUCCCUAGAUUAGCUAUAAUUUCAAAAAAUACCAAGAUGGGGAAGAGUUUUGCUGUGAAAGGGGUUUGGGGGGAGUGGUGUGGGUUGCACUACUCUAUUUUUAAGUUGUGUUCUUGCAUUAAUGCACAUAUAAUGUUAGUCCUUAAAGCAGCACCUAAAUGAUGCUGUCCAAGUAAUUAGAAAGACCUGACAUUUAGUGAAUUUCAGUGAUAUAAAUCUCACUUCCUAAAACCAAUAAUAACAGCAGCAAUAACCACUAUUACUUCGAUAUUAAUAUCUAUGUUACAGAUCCUUUUCUCCAUAUUAACAUUAUUAUUGUUACUGCUCAAUUAUCAGUGAAUCCAGAUGGUUUCUCAGUUGCAUGUAUGAAAAAAAUGCCACGGUUAUUUGUCUCCUUAAAGAUCUUGGUUGAUUAGACUGUAGUGAGGAAAGGAGAUUACCCCUGUAGUAAGAGGGUUAAGGGAUUGCAUUCAAACUGAAACAGUCUUGGUCUGGAACUUGCUUUUAACACAGACCUCUGUGUCCGGUCUUCUAAUUUCUAUGCAGGUGUACUCAAUCCUGCAAUUUGUUGUGCAGUUGUCUUUGGGAGCCCACCUAAAGUUAAUGGUGCUUGAAAUGGCACAGAAGUCCAUAUGUAUGGAUGUAAUUGGAGACAGAAUGUUUAUAUACCUAGUCAUGUAGACUUGACAAAUAGAAAUACCCUCAAAUCAUACAUCAGCAUAUUUAAAAUGUACUUAAUGACAUUACAUUUUAUGGAGUCAAUUAGGUGGGAAAUGGCAUUUUACACACAUUUUAAACCAUCCAAACAUAUUCCAGAAGUAUAGACCUGAAAAAAUACAAUACUUUAAAAGAUGCAUUCAGAGUGCAAUAGAGAAAAAUGUUACUAGCAAAUAUAGCUCCCUCCUUAAGAGCUCUAAUACUGAUCCUGAUGGUCAUUCUGUAGACAUGAAAUGAGCAUUUAAUGAAAUUGGUUUGAUAGACCAUUCAGUGUUUUGAAUUCAAAUGAAUGUUUUAUGUUUUUUCUUCACAGUAACCGUCGGUAUAUAAUAUUUUGUAUUUCUUUUCUGAACAGCCUCUUAAAGUCAUAUAAAUAUAUAACUCCAGAUAGUUAUCAUCUAAAUUGUUCUGUAAUGGACUAUGACUAAAAACUAGAACUGAAUAAAUGGCCGGUUCAAAUA